AUGUCUGGUCCACUCUCCCGGCUCUCCAACAUCGCAUCACACCUGCCACCUACCCCCUCCCCGCGACCCCCUAACUUCCACACUCUCUCCCCAACUUCCUUCCUCCCCCGCGCCGCCGCCAUCGAACCAGAUGCCAUAGCCAUCCACCACCGCACCGCCAACGGCGCCACCCUCCACCGCACCUACGCACAAUUCUCCACCCGCGCCCGCGGCCUCGCCCACUUCCUCCGCGCUCAUGCCCUCCGCCGCAUCGGCAUCCUCGCCCCCAACACCCCCGCCUUCCUCGAAUCCCUCUUCGCCAUCGCCGCUGCCUCCGCAGUCUCCGUCGGCGUCAACUACCGCCUGAAGCCCGAGGACAUCACCUACAUCUUUGAGCAUUCUGGCGUGGAUUGCAUUAUCGUCGAUGCGGAGUUCGAGGGGUUGUUGGAGGGGUUUCGGGAGCGGUGGCCGCGCGUGCGGGUAAUUGUGGACACGGAUACAGACGCGACGGAGGGGCCGGGCAGCGGGGAGUUCGAUGCGUGCGUGCGCGAGGGACUGGAAUAUGACGCGGCGCACGGGAAUAAGGGCUGGGACGGGUUAUCCGCGCAGGCGGCGCACGAAGAGGACCUGAUCGCGCUGGCGUACACCAGCGGCACGACAGCGAAGCCUAAGGGCGUGGAAUACACGCACCGCGGCUGCUACCUCGCUGCCGUCGCCAACGUCAUCGAGAGCGGGCUGAACUACCACCAGGACCGGUGUCGCUACCUCUGGACGCUCCCGCUGUUCCACGCCACCGGCUGGACCUUCCCCUGGGCCAUCACCGCGGUGCGCGGCACGCACUACUGCCUCCGGAAGAUCGACUACCCCGCGAUCUGGGAGUUAUUGAAGACCGAGGGGAUCACGCACUUCAACGCCGCGCCGACGGUGAACACGCUGCUAUGCGCCAACCCCGCAGCCGCGCGCCUGGAGCAGCCGUGCCGGGUGACGGUGGCGGCGUCCCCUCCCACGGCGCACCUGUUCCGCACGAUGACGGCGCUGAACCUGCAGCCGGUGCACGUGUACGGGCUGACGGAGACGUACGGCCCGAUCACGAAGGGGUACCAUAUGCCGGUGUGGGAGGUGGUGGGGGAGGAAGAGCGGUAUAAGCGGAUGGCGCGACAGGGGCAUGGGUUUGUGACGAGCGCGCCGGUGCGGGUGGUGAGGACGGGAGAGGAGGGGUGGGUGGAGGGGAGCAAGGUGGUGGAUGUGAGGAGGGAUGGGAAGGAGAUUGGGGAGAUUGUGUUUACAGGGAAUAUUUGUGCGAGAGGUUACUAUAAGGAUGUGGAGGCGACAAGGAGGUUGUUUGAGGGGGGGGUGUUGCAUUCGGGGGAUUUGGCGGUGGUGCAUGAGGAUGGGAGCAUUCAGAUUUUGGAUCGGGCGAAGGAUAUCAUCAUCUCGGGCGGCGAAAACAUCUCCUCCGUUGCCGUCGAAGCAAUGCUCGCCACGCACCCCGACAUCCUCGAAGCCGGCGUCGCCGCCGUCCCGGACGCGCAGUGGGGCGAGCGACCGAAGGCGUUCGUGACGAUCAAGGACAACCGCACGGGGAAGAUCACGGGCGAGGACAUCGUGGCGUGGGCGAAGCACAAGAGCAGCAUUAGCAAGUUCAUGGUGCCGCGCGAGGUGCAGAUCGUGGCGGAGCUGCCGAAGACGGAGACGGGGAAGGUGAGGAAGAAUGUGUUGAGGGACGUAUCACCCCCCUCCCGUUUCGCGUAUAAGUAA